AUGGUGUUCGAGCGACUUCGGAGAUAUCAACUUCGAAUGAAUCCAUUGAAAUGUGCCUUUGGAGUUACUUCUAGAAAAUUCCUUGGUUUCAUUGUUCGACAUCGGGGAAUCGAAAUUGAUCAAGCCAAAGGUGAUGCAAUUUUGAAAAUGCUCGAGCCUCGAAAUAUUCAUGAGUUAAAAAGUCUGCAAGGGAAGCUAGCUUAUAUUAGAAGAUUCAUUUCGAAUUUAGCUGGAAGGUGCCAACCAUUCAGUCGUCUCAUGAAGAAGGGCGCCCCUUUCAAGUGGGACGAAGCAUGUACUAAUGCUUUCGAGAAUAUCAAGUCAUAUUUAACGAAUCCUCCAGUUCUAGUAGCCCCUGUACCUGCAAAACCAUUGAUACUGUACAUUUCAGCACAAGAAAGGUCAGUUGGAGCGUUGUUGGCCCAAGAGAAUAGCGAAGGGAAAGAAAAUUCUCUUUACUACUUGAGCAGAAUGAUGACACCUAAUGAGCUGAAUUACACGCCAAUUGAAAAGUUGUGUUUGGCGCUAGUCUUCUCGAUUCAAAAGCUGAAGCACUACUUUCAAGCUCAUAGUGUUAACCUCAUUUCCAGAGCAAAUCCCAUCAAGUUUGUGAUGUCAAAACCAGUCCUCAGUGAUCGACUAGCAAGGUGGUACCUCCAGUUUCAACAAUUUGAGAUUACAUACAUCCCUCAAAAGGUUGUAAAAGGACAGGCAUUGGCAGACUUCCUAGCAGAUCACCUGAUACCUAAUGAUUGGGAGCUAACUGAUGAACUUCCCGACGAAGAUGCAAUGGUCGUUGAAAUUCAAUCUCCGUGGAAAAUGUACUUUGAUGGUGCUGCACAACGUGAUGGAGCUGGUGUGGUGUUUGUUACUCCGCAGGGAGAAGUUCUACCAUACUUCUUUACUUUGACACAACGUUGCUCCAACAAUGUCGCUGAAUAUCAAGCAAUAAUACUUGGACUUGAAAUGGCCAUCGACAUGAAGCAGUUCUACGAAGUCAAGAAGCCUGAAUUACUCCCCUAUCAUGGUUAUGCUCAGAAAUUGAUAGGAUGGCUUGGUGAUGUGACGCUUCAGCAUGUUCCUAGGAGGGAAAAUAACAAAGCUGAUGUUUUAGCUGCUCUAGCUUCAGCGCUUAUUCUGCCAGAUCAAACACAAGUGACUAUAUGUCAAAAAUGGGUAGUACCUCCGUCAAAUGAGGAUGAAGGCGCGGAAAGUGAGCUUGAGAAUCUCGUAGCUGUUUCUGAAGCUGCAAAGGAAGACUGGCGACAACCCAUCAUUGACUACUUAAGUUAUGGGAUACUUCCAGAAGACUCAAGAAGAAGAACUGAGAUUCGUCGUCAUGCACCUCGAUUCCUUUACUACAAGGAUACCUUAUAUAGAAGUUCUUUUGGAGGGGAUACUCUUGCGAUGUUUGGGGGAGGAUGA